GGGAGAGAGUGUGAGAUCCAUCGGAAGUGCGAGGAGUCCCGGGGCAGUCAUGGCAGGGUGCCCCCGUCGACAGGUGCUGCUGCUGCUGCUGUUCCUGACGCUGGCCGUGGUGUUGAUGAGCAGUGAAGGCGCCCGAUCAAGAAAGAGGAAGAAGAGAGAAUGGAUCAUCCCUCCAUCCAAACUGAAGGAGAACACGGACUACUCACACAAAGAGUACAUCGCAAAGAUCCGCUCCGAUAAGGACAAAGCGGCAAAGGUGGAGUACUUCCUGACGGGUGCGGGGGCAGACAAACCUCCAUUUAACCUGUUUGUGGUGGAUCAUGACACUGGCUUCGUGCGAUGCACUAGUAAACUGGACCGAGAAAAGUUCCCCUCCUACAAUCUGACGGGGGUGGCUAAGUUUGUGAACGGGACCGUUGCCGAGGACGACAUCCCACUCACAGUCACGGUCCUGGAUGAAAAUGACAAUCCGCCAAAAUUUGAGCUGCACAGAGGAAACGUCUCAGAAUCUAGUGAAAAGGGGACGCUGGUCAUGAGAGUCCAGGGUAAAGAUGACGAUGAGGAAGGGACCAUAAACUCUGAACUGCACUACACCAUCAUCGGCCAAGAGCCGCCUGGGGAGUUCAUGUUCCGCGUAGACUCCAAGACUGGAGACCUGUACGUCAAAGAGCCCACACUGGACAGAGAGACGUACAGCUUUUACAAGCUGGUGAUCGAGGUCAAGGACAUGGGAGGAGCUCCGGGUGGGCUCGUAGGCACCGGUACAGUGGAGAUCCAAAUCCUAGACAUCAACGACAACGUCCCCACUCUGGAGAAGUCCGGGUAUACAGGCUCGGUGGAUGAGAAUGUAGAGAAUGUGGAGGUGAUGAGGAUCAAAGCCAUAGACAAGGACCUGAUACACACUGACAACUGGCUCGCCGUCUUCCACAUCGUCAAGGGCAACGAGGACAAACUCUUCACCAUCGAAACAGACAAGGAGACCAACGAAGGCAUCCUCAAACUCGUCAAGGCUGUGGAUUUUGAAGAGGUCCAGAAUCUGGAUUUGGAUCUGUUGAUUAAGAACGUGGCUCCAUUUGUGAAGGGAAAAGCUAUCUUGAUGGACGUGGACGUGACAGUGGGAGAGGGCGGAGACGGAGGCGGAGCAGGGGCAGGGGCAGGGCUGGGAGCAGACCUGGGUUUGGACAUGGACAUGGGAGUGGACCUAGGAUUGGACAUGGGGCUUAACGCUGGAGUAGACGCUGGGUUAGACGCGGACUUGGACGCAGACUUGGACGCAGACUUGGAUGCAGACUUGGACGCAGACUUGGAUGCCGAGCUGGGCGUGGAUCUUGGGUUGGAUGCCGGACUUCACCCGGAGCUUGGGGGUGGUCUUCAUCCUGCAGGAAAACCAGGACCAAAACCAGGAGGAGGGCCAGCAGGCGGGCCAGCAGGCGGAGCACCGGGACCAGGCCUCGGAGCAAGCGUUGGCGUCGGACUGCACCCAGAAGGUCAUUUGGGACCCCACGGACCCGGCAAGAAACCAAGGCCAAAGAAAAAAAGGCCUAAGAAACCUAAGGAACCCAGCUAUCCCAUCCACAUUUCCGUGAACAAUCUGCCAGAGGGACCAGAGUUUGUGCCAGAGACCAAAGAGGUGCCAAUAUCAGAGGAUCCUGAAAAAAGCUUGGAAGAUGUUAUCACAACGUACGCUGCCAUUGAUCCCGAUACUGGAAAGGUUGCAGAAGAUGUCAAUUAUGCCAAAGCUUACGAUCCUGACAACUGGAUUACUGUAGACGAAGAAACAGCAGAAAUACGACUAAACAAAGUGCCAGAUCGAGAGUCGAAAUUUGUCAACGGCACACACUACAUCGCCAAGGUCCUGGCCAUCACAAAAGACAUGCCUUCAAAGACUGCCACAGGAACUAUAGCCAUCAAAGUCCUGGAUGCCAACGACCAUUGUCCCAAACUGAAGACACUCUAUGAGCCCAUCUGCGCUGACAAAAAGACUGUCAUUGUCUUCGCAGAGGAUGAAGACGUGGACCCCAAUGGACCUCCCUUCACCUUUAAGAUCAACCCUGAAAACACACGCGGCCCGUGGGAGGUGGAAAGUCUUAGUGAUACCUCAGCAGCCCUUCACUCUCAGGAGAUGCUUUGGCGGGGCAUAUAUGAGAUCGAGGUGGUUGUUUACGACGCCCAGGGUAAGGCCUGCCCCGUUCCGGAGGAGUUCACUGUGGAAGUAUGCGAGUGUAAAGGCAAGGAGGACGCCACCUGUGGCAUCAAAGUGGCCACAACCAGUGACCGCGCCGUGGACUUCGCUGGUCCUGCUGUUUCCCUCUUGCUCGUGGCUGUUUGUAUGCUGCUCUUUGUCCCUUGUCUGUUGGUCUUCUGUCAGUGUGGAGGGCCUAACGUGAUAUUCGCCGACAAAUUCCAAGAACUGCCAUGUGAUAUCGAUUGUAAGGAGCACCUCAUUGCCUAUCACACAGAAGGCAGAGGAGAUGAUAAGGAGGUACCACUUUACAGCGCUCCGAUAGUUAUCGGCCACCAAACACUACAAGAGAGUGGAAUAACCAACAAAAUCAAAGAGAUCAUAACAACGAGAAACGAGUUCAAUGAGUCCUUUGUAAAUAUAAAUAGUGAAGGCAAAAUGGUGAUGGACGAAGAAACCCACAAAAAAUUCAACGAGAAAUACAUGCAUGCAUUGUCUAUCCAUGGACAAAGGGCAAUAUAUGACCAUCAGACUUCACUGUUUGAGAACAUCGCUCUCCCUGAUGCUUUCCUGGAAGAGUACUACACACAGAAAUCUGCCCAGACUAUUACUGGAAAGGAUGCCCUGUUGGUGUAUGAUGAUGAGGGCCGGGCUUCUCCUGCCGGGUCGGUGGGAUGCUGUAGCCUCCUGGAGAACGAGAAUGACCUAGAGUUCCUUGACGAUUUGGGACCAAAGUUCAGAAUCCUUGCAGACAUCUGCUCACCAACACCACUCCCUCAGCCAGAAUUGACAUUCAAGGGUGUUGUCAAGACGGAGGUUAAGAAGAAAUUUGUUGAACCGGUUGUUAUUCCCAAAGUUGAGAAGAUUAUUGAGAAACAUACUGAUGUGAAAACAGAAAAGGUGACUAACAUCUCAAAGUCAAGUGUUACCAAUGUUAGCCAACCACCACAGCCUUCACUGACUCUUCCACGUUCACAGGUGACUAAUGUAGCAUCCAACAUCAACCAAACAUCUAACAUAAACAGUUCAUCCAAAAUUAGCACGUCUAAUGUUAGCCACAUAGCUACUCUGCCACGUGCUCCUCCAACUAUACUAGUCCAACAGCCACAACUUUUCUAUGCUGCCAGUCCUAUGCCAAUGCCCGUACAGUACAUAAUGCAGCCAUCAUUGUCGAAUACCGUCCUGGUGGCGGAAGGUGGAGCUAACACAAAACUGCCUGGUUAUAUUGUAAUGGGUGGUCCACAGAUUGCUGGUCAGGCAGGCAGUGUGACCCAGUCAUCCACUCACAUCCUUAAGAGUUCAGGGGUCAGUGGAGGCUUUGCAAGUGGUUCUCUUACCUCUGCAAGUCCACUUAGUCCCACAGUAUUUUUCCCUGGAAGUCCUACCACUGCAACAGCCAGCCCUUCAAGUCCGACCAUUUUGCUUUCAGGGAGCCCAGGUUCCCCAGGCAUUGUUGGAAUGGAGGGCUUUAAGAUAAUCGGUCCCAACCCAGAAGGCCACUAUAUGCUGGUCAAGGACACUAUUAAAUCUACUUCGAGUGAAACAGACAGUUCUAACCCAGGCUCGCCUGAGGGUACUUCACCCAAAGGUGCUGUCCUGAAGAAAGAGGCUGCUCCUCCUCAGGGGGUCCUAGGCCACGCAGCCCAUCCCAGUGUCAUCGGUGUGAUGCCGGGACACCCUUUGACUAGCAUUAGGGGGUUAGCAACAGUAAACAAACCAUUGGGGGGGGCUUGGGUUGUGCAGCCGCAGCACAUAGGAUUAGCACCAGUACGGGUUUUGGGGGUGGGGCCCGGGGCACCUCAAAAUGCAGGGGUAAAUAUAAUUCAAAGUAGUGCUCCAUUGGUACAAACACAAGCUGCAAAUAUUCCUAAAGAAUCAGAACAAGACAUAGGUGGACAAAGCUUUUCAAAAACAUUAACAAAAAGAGGCAAAACCGUUCCCAAGAAUUUACAUAUCAACAAAAAUGUAACAGAAGGUGUAAAAGAGGACAAUAUUCUGAAUGCAGUACCUACACCACAUGUACAGCUUAAGUCACCCACCUCUCCACUUGAAACUAUUAUAGAAAUAACAACUGAUCCUACUAUUGAGCAGCCAAUACAAAUACCCGAACCUCAAAUAGUGCUUCAGAAUAAUUCAGAGCUCUCAGACAAAACAGAAGAUAGCCCAAAUGUAGUUGAACCUGCAAUUGCAACAGAAGCUAGCUUAUUAGAGGUGUCAAAAGAUAUUACUGGCCUGGAAGACACCAUUUCAACCAGCCAGGAUGUUGAAGUUUCAAUUGAAUCAGUUAUAGACACUGUAUCCACAAAUGACCCAGCAGAACCUAAAAAUGACCAAAAAGAUGCAGAGUUGGUUGACGAUGUUUUUGAAAUUAUUGAAGACACGGCCAAAGAAGUAUCUAGCUCUAAUGGAACUGUGGAGGAAGAUACUUUAGUGGACCAAAAUACUGAUAUCUCAAUUAACAUCGAAGAGGAGGUUGCUGCUGAAAUAACAUCUUCCACAGAGAAGGAAGAAGAGGAAAUGCCUCAAGAUGAAGACAACAUAGCAGUUGAUGAGGUUCAGGCGAAAGAUCCAGAAGUUGUUGUUGAAGAAAGCCAAAUGGACCAAGAUGUUGUUGAAGAAAGUCAAACAGACAAACCUAACCUUGAUUUUAAUGCAACUUUGGAGGAAGACACAACUUUAUUGGACCAAAAUGCUGAUAUCUCAACUCACCUAGAAGAGGAGGUUGCCGUUGAAAUUGCACCUUCCACAGAAAAAGAAGAAAAGGAAAUGCCUCAAGAUGAACAAAAGGAAGCAAAUGAUGAGGUUCAGGAGAAAGAUCCAGAAGUUGUUGAAGAAAGUCAAAUAGAAGAACCGAACCUUGAACCUGAAGAUGCCAACAUACAUGACCAGGAGGUAGAAGACCCAGCUGAAAUUGAACUUGAAGAGCAAAUUCCUUCAGAAGCUGAAGAACUGGAAGAAGAUUCUACAUUUUUGGACAAUGAAAAUCUUUGUCAAGAAAGCAAUGUGAACCAAAAUCUUGAAACUGUUGAAGAUUCAGCAGAGGAAAAUGAGCAAAAUACAGAAAUGGUUGCAGAUACAGAGGAGCCUUUGGGAAAUGAGUCGGAGGAAAGUGUUGAGAACCCACCAGAAGAAGAUUCAGCCAUAGAACUUGACGAACAACGUGAACCUUUGACAGAUAAAGUGAAUACAGAGGAAAUGCAUGACCAAGAUCUUGACACUUCUGAAGACUUAGCUGAAGAAACAGAAAUUGACACAUCUCCAAUUGCUGAUGACGAAGCUGAACAACCUGCAAAGUCACCAGUACAGAAGUUGAUUCCUGACACCAUCGCAGAGGAAGCUGAAGCUGGUUUAGAAUCUGAUCAAGAGCAGAAUGAGACGACAUCAGAAGACACUGAAAAAGAUGAAGAAACACCAGCUGAGGAUCAAGAUUUGAAAGAUUUAAACACUGACCCCAUAGCAGACACUGAAGAGAAGGAUGAGGAUGUCCAGCAACCUGACGAAGCUGUAGAAGAUACAGUGUCAUCUGAAGAGCAACCAAGCCAACAAGAAGAUCAACCGAUGACAACAGAUGAGGAGCAAGAGACACCCAUGAAUGAAGAUCUUGUUAGCUCAGAUGUUGAAGUAGAUGAGCAAAUUACACCAGUAAAAGAAUUGGCUUGCGAAACGGAAGAAGAAAUAUCAGCAGAAAUUCUUCCAGACGAUACUACUGCAGAAACUACAGAUGAACAGCAAGAUUCUGAACAAGAUGAAGACAUUGCUGAAAGUCAAAUUGAUGAACCAGACUCAAAUGAAGGUGAACAAGAGGUAGAAGAGCAAACAGAAGAUAAUAUAGAGGAAACUCCUGAUUUGGAGUUAAAAGAAGAAGAUAAUUCACAUUUGGGUGAUGAUCUCGGUGAUCAAAAUGAUUCCAAUUCAAGUGUGCAGCCAGAAGAUGUAGAUGUUGUUACUGAAGAUGUUUGUCCAUCUGUGGAAGAGACAGAAGAUACUGGAUUGGAUGAAGAAGAGCUAAGGGAUGAGGUAGCCAUCUUGGAGGAAGAAGUGCCUUCUGAACGGAAAGAAGCUGACACUGAAGACACAGAUGACAAAACAGAUUCAUUGUUGAAUGAAGAGCAUGUGACAACACCAGAGGAAGAUGACAAAGAUUCAGAGUCACUAAUGGAGGAUCAAGAUUGCAGUUUGGAAGAUCCUGAACCUGUAGCAGACAUCGAAGAGAAUGAUCAGAAUAACAGUGAAAUUGAACCAGCAGCCAUACAAGAAAUAUCCAUCAGAGGAUCUAGAGGAAAAAGAUCCAGAAGAGGCUGA